AGGAAAAAAAUUGGCGAUUCUUUCUUUUUUUAUUUGAUGAGAGUUGUCCGUUAUAAUUGACAGUUUUUCUUUUAAAUAGUCUUCUGAAUUUUGAUUUUUCUUUAGAAGUAAAUUGGAUUCUGCUUAUGCGCUUGACACGGUUGGCACAGAUUCUGCACAAAUCUGCUUUCACUGGAAGAUGGUAAGAAUGCAACAGACAAGGGCUGCCUCUCAUGACAGUGAAACUCUUGGCCGGGGAGAAAUGAAAUUGAGGGAAUGCGAAGUUUACAAAGGAGGAUCUGAGAGUGAUGCAUCUGAUGAUAGUCACAUAUCUGCUACUCCACCUAGGGAGCGACUUGGUAUGCCUUCGGCUCUAACUUCUUGUAAAAGUAAAAAAAUGCUUUCGGAUAGUUUAGCCAAGGCGUUGCCUAAAAUAACAAAGAGCAAUGCAGUAGCUGGCAGGUUAGAAAAUGAUGCCAUUUUUUUGGGCGAAAGGUCCCGUAAUUUGCAAAUCCUCAGAAAAGGGUCCAAGAAGGUGACGUUGAGAAAUCAAGAGAAGCAUUCAAAAAAGCAUGUGACAGAUGGGAUUAAAUUGUCUGACAGAGUUAAUGAUGGAGAUGCACUUGUAUACUCUUCAAAAAUUUCAGAGCUAGGCUUUUCAGUGAAGCUUCAACGGCCUGGAAGGCAUGCGGAGGAAGGCGUAUUCAACACCAAUGACUUGGAAACAGUUCCCCCGGGCUUUUUUUCUAGUUGCAUACCUUCGAGUAUGGUUAAUCCAGCAUGCAAAAGUAUGUUAAGGAGGAUGCUGGAUUCCUGUCAAGACUCACAAGAGGAACCUCUUUUGCACACCUCAUUUUCCAAAGCUCAUGCAUCUUUGAGUAUGAGUGAAGGUAGCCACACAGAAGAGAUUGGUGAUAACAACCCUGACUUUUGUGAAGGCAGUGGGGAAGGCAGCACAAGACCAGAUAACAUCAAGCACCAGAAAAUGGUAUUUCCUGAUUCAUUAUCUACUUCGCCUGCAGAAGAUUUUGAUAAUGUCAAUGAAAAUGCAUAUAGUUUUCAUACAUUCGCAACCAAUGGCAGUAAACAAAGAGAGCAAGAAAAACCUUGUGCAAUAUCUCUGGCUAGUAGAGGUUUUUGCACGGCAGGAGACACACCUGAUUUGUCAGCGCCUCAGAAAAAGAAUGCAGAAGAUCAAAAUUUAGGAGAAUCAGUUUUGUCUGGCAAAACUUUAUCAAGGCCAAAACAAAGUAAACACAAAGACGAUUUGUCGAAGGAAUCAAAUUCUUGGUCAAACCCCAAAUUCUCAAGGAAAGCUACCAGAAUACACCAGAACAUGAUCAUGGCCUCAACAAUAGGCACAAUUAACAAAUCUAUUUAUUCAUCAAAGAAAAAGUCACAGGGAGGUAACUUUGUCAAGCUCAACCUAAAUGGAAAGGGCUCCAGGCUGCGCAAAUUUGUCAACAAAGGAUCUAAGAGGAAGGCCGUCUCAACUUCAAGUGGUCGAACUUUCCAUCGGAGGAAAAGGAUUAAAAUAGACGAUAAAGAUGAAGGAAAUAACCUGUUACAUGAAAUAGAAGAUUCUGAGUUAAUAGAUGUGGAUGAAAAUGGAAACAGUAAGAAGGAAUUGGUAAAUCAGUCAGUGCAAAGGCGGGGAUGUCAAUCAAAUGACAAAACUGAUUACUCAGGGAAUGCAUCCGAGGAAUUUAACAGCAAUCAGACAAAAGGGCAAAAUUCUUAUGAUCAAUCAUUAUUGAAAGAUGCUACAGAAAAUGCACUCAGAGAACCAUCACAUCAAAAUCUUCUCAAGCUAUUGAAAAUUUCACAUGGAUUCGAUUCUUUCCGCACUGGACAGUUGGAAACUGUCAAGAGAAUAAUAGCAAAGCAGUCUACCAUGCUGGUCUCACCAACCGGAUCUGGAAAGUCUUUAUGCUAUCAGUUGCCAGCUUUGGUUUUGCCUGGGGUUACUCUCGUCAUAAGUCCUUUGGUGGCCUUGAUGGUGGACCAGUUAAAGCAACUUCCUGCAAUGAUCUCAGGAUCUCUUCUCACCAGCAGUCAGUCAGGCAAAGAGAUGGUACAAACAUUGGAUCAACUUCACACUGGUGCCAUAAAGGUGCUUUUUAUUUCUCCUGAACGUCUGCUGAAUGAGAGUUUUUUGUCGAUAUUGGAAAACAUUCCAUUGAUUUCCUUGGCGGUGGUUGAUGAAGCACACUGUUUAUCUGAAUGGUCACAUAAUUUCCGCCCUUCAUAUUUCAGGCUUGGAACCAUUCUCAGAAAGAGGUUGGCAGUACAAUGUGUUCUUGCCAUGACGGCAACAGCAACCAAGAAAACAUUGAAAUCUAUAUUGCAUUCUCUUGAGAUUGCUGCCAGUGAUGUUGUGCAAGUAUCUUACAUGAGGGAAAACUUGAAGUGUUCUGUUUCUCUUACUGAAAACAAGUUGAAGGAUCUACUCUCACUGAUGAAGACUUCCCCUUUUCCGGAAGCUAAGAGCAUUAUAAUUUAUUGCAAAUUCCAGUCUGAUACAGUUUUUGUGAGCAAAUUUCUUCGUGAUAAUAAUAUUCAUGCAAAGAGCUACCAUGGUGGUUUAACUGCGAAGGAUCGAAAACGCACACAGGACAUGUUUUGCUCUAACAAGCUCCGAGUGGUGGUAGCAACUGUAGCAUUUGGCAUGGGACUUAACAAGAGUGAUGUUGAAGCUGUUAUUCACUAUAGCUUGCCUGGAAGCUUGGAACACUAUGUUCAGGAGACAGGCCGUGCAGGUCGUGAUGGCAGGUUAGCUUAUUGCCAUCUAUUUUUGGAAGACACCACUUAUUUCAAGAUCCGGAGUCUUGCCUACAGUGAUGGCGCAGAUGAAUAUGCAAUAGACAAGUUCUUGUUCGAAGUAUUUUCCUACAUGAAGAAACCAUCACGAGUUUGCUCCUUAAACAUUUCAACUUCAUCUAGGAACUUUGAUCUUAAAGAAGAGGUUAUGGACACGAUAUUAUCAUUUCUAGAGAUUGAAGAGGUGCAAUAUUUGCACGUGCUUCCCCAACUAAAUGCAACCUGUUCUCUGUCUUUUCACAAGAAUUCACCAAAUUUACUAGCAAAGAAAAGUAUGUUGAUAGAUGCACUUCUUAAGAGGAUCCAGUCAAAGCAUGGACACUAUGUCUUUGACAUACCUUCUUUAGCUAAUGAUACGGGAUUGGAGGUUGCUUAUAUGUUGAAGGAACUAGAAAAGCUACAGUUUUUAGGAGAGAUCUCGUAUGAGAUGAAGGAUCCUGCAUUCUGCUAUAUCCCUUUGAAAGUACCAGAAGAUAUCUGCUCACUUACAAAAUCUAUCACAUCACGAUUGGCUGAGGUUGAAGUUUCUAAGAUUCAGAAGAUAGAUGCAAUGUACACUGCAGCAAUGAAUGCUGUAAAAUAUUCAAAACAAUAUGAUGGCUCUGGGAUUUCUCUUCAGCACUCUUAUUUGCAAAGGAUAACAGAGGACUAUUUUAACUCUGAAAAUUGUCUUGAUGCAACCUUGUCAAAUAGGAUUCAAGUCAGCAGUCCCUUUUUGCGAGCGGACAUCAAGGUGCUUUUACAGAGCAAUACGCACCUUAAUUUUACACCAAGGGCUGUUGCAAGAGUCAUGCACGGAAUUUCAAGUCCUGCAUACCCAUCUGCAGUUUGGUCAAAAAAUCAUUUCUGGGGGCGAUAUUCAAAAGUGGACUUCAAUGUAGUCAAAGAGGCAGCUACCUCAGAGCUUUUGGCAUUUAGAGGGUGGUCAAGGAAUUCACGGCCAAUAACAUAAGUUCUGUGUAUUACAUUUGGAAAACUGUUACAAUUGUUUUUUAAUGAUGUUUUCUACAGAAUAAGUGCCUCUGUAAUGUAGAGUGAAUGAUGCUUUUACAGCAAGUACAACCAAAUGGUAUGCUGUGUCAACUAAGAAAGCAAUACAAUUCUCUAGAGCAUUAGAUAUGAAACGCUUAGGACUUGCCUUAGAUGAAUACAAUAAGAUGUAAGCAUCAGAACUCAUUUUAGUCCUAUUCAUGAAGCUCCCUAGGAUCAAUGAACCGAUAUAUGUAUUCGAAUGUUGGCACAAGAUUCAAAUGUUUGGCACACAAUUCCACGAGGUCUUCUUUGAAGAGUCUGAUAAAUCAUAUCAUUAACCAAUAGCCAGAACACCUAGAAAUGAUAUGACACGGUAGAAUAUAAAGUUUUAGUAGUAAUUUGGAGUCGUGAGGAACAAUUUUUGAUGUUGCAUAAUAGGAUUACUACUUGGAACUCUAAUUUGUUAUAUGAUGACUAGUACAAGAAUAUGCCUUCAAGAUGGUUUGGUUUGUGUGGUAAGAAGAUGAUGAUCGGAAUAUCAUUUGAAAGCUUGAAAAUUAAAGUAAACAUGAAAUGAUAUAUUUUUUUGGGUGA